GCUUACUCUGGAGGAUCAAAGACGAGAUUUAAGUAUUGACCCCUGCCCUUUACUGUACUUCUGACUCGCAAUGAAGUCACGCACAUACAUCAGAUUCAGACAGACACCUCUGGGUUUUUCAGGUUUUUCUUUCUCUUUGUGCUGAGAAUAUCAGUUUGAACUUUUAAGUUAAGUAAAGCGAACUCCUUUCCUUUCUCUUUUAUUCUCUCUCUCUCUCGCUCUCUUUAUUUGCCCCCUAGCAGUAGCACCACUGAAAAAAUUUUCGCUGAAACAGCCUAUCACUCUCUGCGUUUAGUACUCUGUCACUUGCGUUGCCAACUCAUAUGUUUUACUUCUGCCAAAACAGCCUGAAAAAUCUCUCUCUCCCUUUGAACUCUAACGCAUCUCGCUGAAUCUAACCCAUUAUUAAAAAUUAAAGAAAAAUGAAAUGGUUUUGCACAAAUCUAGCUAGGCAAAACAGAAGCUUUAUCUACAAAAUCUUAUCUUUGGUUUAUCUUAGCUCUCCCAUCACUGCUUCUGCACCUUAAAUAAAGAGACCCCAUUAAAACCUAUUCACCUUACUGUUUUAAAAAAGGAAGAGCUUCUGCUUUAGUAUUUUCUUACCCAAACAGUACUGUAUUGAGAGACCCCACUUUUUCUAUCAUGCAUUCAAGCUUCUUCCUUUUUCAAUGAGUUGGGGUUGGGUUAGCUCUUCUUCUUGGGGGUGAAUGGGGUGUAUGUUUUCUCAGUUGGCUGCCAAAUUUUCUUUCUUCCCACCUUCUCCACCAACAUAUCAGAUCAAGAAGAGUGAAAAUGGGAAACUCACGGUGGUUUCAUCUUCUUCUUCAAUGCCUAUUCCUGUUGCCGAUGACACUUCCUUGGAUGUGCUUUUGAUAGACACCAAACGUGGGAACAAGAUUGUUGCUUUUUAUUUGAAAAACCCAUGUGCACGCCUUACCGUGCUAUAUUCUCACGGCAAUGCUACUGACCUUGGCCAGCUCUAUGACCUCUUUGUCCAACUGAAGGUCAACCUCAGAGUCAAUCUUAUGGGGUAUGACUAUUCUGGCUAUGGAGCAUCUACUGGUAAGCCAAGUGAAUCUAAUACAUAUGCUGAUAUAGAGGCAGUGUAUGAGUAUCUUCAGACUGAGUAUGGAAUUAGCGAGGAAGACUUAAUUUUAUAUGGACAGUCAGUUGGAAGUGGGCCAACAUUACAUUUGGCAGCUAAACUACCAAGGCUAAGAGGUGUAGUUCUGCAUAGCGGCAUUCUUUCUGGUCUUCGUGUGCUCUGCCAUGUUAACUUCUCAUUCUGCGUCGACAUUUAUAAGAAUAUCAACAAAAUUCAGAAAGUGAAGUGCCCUGUGCUUGUAAUACAUGGUACAGAAGAUGAUGUUGUCAAUUGGCUGCAUGGAAAUGGACUUUGGAAAAUGGCGAGGGAGCCAUAUGAGCCUUUGUGGAUUAAAGGAGGUGGUCACUGCAACUUGGAGCUAUUCCCUGAUUACAUACGCCAUCUUUGUAAGUUCAUUUAUGAAAUGGAGAACAUGACAACAGAAAUUCGCCUUAAGAGGAUUCGGCAGAGUCUCCGUCUUCCAACAAGGUCAAAUACUAGUUCCUCGGUUACUAGCGACUGGUGCUGCUGUAAGAUUAAAUUAUGCCAACCCAAAUGCUUCAAAUGCCCCAAAUGCCCAAAACCUAGAUGCAGUAAAUGUUGCUGGUGGCCCAACGGCUCAUGUUGUUUGAAACCCAGCCAUGUAAACUGUUGCUGGAAACCAAAAUGCCCGACAUGCUUGCUGGGUUGUUCCUGCUGCUGCAUCAAAUGCUCAGAGUGGAGAUGUUGUGUGGGUAUACAUAAUGAGUUAAAUGGCAGUGGCACGCGGGAGGUCUAAUGGUGAAUGUGCUGUAUUGUAUAGGUUGCUCAACUAGCUAACACCCAUGCUCUAAUCAUUAGCAGUAAUGUACAAAACAAAAGGAAGGACUUUUUCUUUCUGAAAUUUUUAGGAAAAAUUGAUUGAAUGUUUUCAUCAUAUUGGGUAUUCUUAAAAUUGGGAUUUUUUUUUUAAUUAUGGGCUGGUUCAAAAAAGAAAUAUAUUAUC